AUGUCACUCAACGGAUCGUCCUCCAGGGACAAUGUCAACACGAAAUUCCCCUCUCCUGCCGCCGCUCCACCCCGAUCACACUCGAUUCACGGGUUCCGUAUCACCACUCAAAAACUCCCUAUUCUCAAGGCUGGUCCUAUCGAAGAAAUGACAAGUCGACUCGGGAUUGCCCCUCCAGAAAUGAUCUUCGGAGAUAAUGUCGUGGCCUUGGAACAUCCGUCCUCCGGCUGGGGUAUCAAGUUUGAUGCCUUUGGCGCACUUGAUCGAGUUGAUAAAACUGGCGAGAAGAGGUUGAAAGUGGCAUAUUCGAAUGAGUGGCAUAAGAGCCGGGAAGAUUCACAUGACAUCAAAGAAGUCAUCAAGCCCUUUGACUGGUCUUACACGACCGACUACAAAGGUGAUGUCGCCCCUGGCUCUCCGGAAUUCGUUCCCUCGACCGACGAGAUCCCUCUGGAAUUGCUGAAACGACCCGACCCCAUCUUAUUCUUUGACGACGUCAUUCUAUACGAAGACGAACUGGCCGACAAUGGCAUCACCAUGCUUUCCUGCAAGAUACGGGUUAUGCCCUCCCGCUUAUUGCUGCUGUGUCGAUUCUUCAUGAGGUUAGACAAUGUCCUCCUCAGACUCCGUGACACCCGGAUCUACAUUGACCUGGAGCAAAAGCACGUUAUUCGAGAGUACGUUGCACGAGAGGAGGCAUAUGACAAGGUGAGGCAAGACCUGGCUAGUCGAAGAGACGAUGUGACUGCUGUAUUGCGAGACCCCAACCAGAUGGCUGCACAAUUGCCGAUUGUUGAGAAAACCGUGGAAUCGGUGCGUCUGGGGACAUGA